AAAUGGAGAACCCGGCGGGAAAGAGCGGGGGACUCGGGCGGAAGUCACGUUUAAGCUCGGGAAGGUGGAAUUGGGCUAUUUUGCUGAAGCAUCUUUCCCUGGUAGCCCAGGAAGAAAUUUACAUUUUGACUUUUUCUCUUUUUUUUUUAACCAUGGCUUUGGUUCACAAAUUGCUGAAUGGUACUUAUAUUCUCCGAAAAUGCCCGAAGCCAAGUGCUGCCAUGUGUCCAUUUUUGGGUAUUCGCUUUGCAGACUAUUGUUCUAGUAGUCUUCAGAAAACAACUGCUCCCAGCAAAACAUCCCCACAGAGGAAGACUGGAGGGGGUUUGCAAGGACAUCACCAGAAAGAAGUUGCUCUGGAUAUAACUUCUCCUGAGGAGGAGCUUGAAGUUAGUUUUGAUAAAGCAAUUAGAGAUGAAAUAAAAGACCAUUUUAGGCAUUUGAAGGAUGAAAUUGUGAAUCAUUGGAUAGGGCCGGAAGGCCGUCCUCUGCAUGAGGUCUUGCUGGAACAAGCCAAGGUCGUCUGGCAGUUCCGUGGAAAAGAAGAUUUGGAUAAGUGGAUAGUGACUUCUGAUAAGACGAUUGGAGGCAGAAGUGAAGUGUUCUUGAAAAUGGGCAAGAAUAACCAAAGUGCACUGCUCUAUGGAACUCUGAGCUCUGAGGCGCCUCAAGACGGGGAGAGUAGCCAAAGUGGGUAUUGUGCAUUGAUAUCCAGGAUUCCAAGGGGCUCUUUUGCGAGGAAGAGGUCUUAUGAUUGGUCUCAGUUCAACUCUCUGUAUCUCCGAGUCCGUGGGGAUGGUCGGCCUUGGAUGGUGAAUAUCAGGGAGGACACAGAUCUAAUCCAGAAGAAGAAUCAGAUGUACAGUUACUUCAUGUUCACGCGUGGGGGGCCCUACUGGCAGGAGGUCAAGAUUCCUUUUUCCAAGUUUUUCUUCUCAAAUCAAGGAAGAAUCCGGGAUGUCCAGGGCAAGCUUCUGCUUGACAAGAUCUCUUCUAUAGGAUUCACCCUGGCGGAUAAAGUGGAUGGUCCAUUCUUCCUGGAAAUAGAUUUUAUUGGAGUAUUUACAGAUCCAGCUCACACAGAAGAAUUUGCUUAUGAAAAUUCUCCAGAGCUUAGCCCAGGACUUUUUAAAUAGAGAGGGUCAUGUGGAAGUUUUGUAUUACUAACGUAAGGGUAGUAGUAUCCACAAUGAUACAAAUUAAAGUAUUUCUUCAGUGGCGUCCAGCCAAUGGCUGGUAUGUAUUCCCUAAGACGAGGCUAAAAACUGUUGUUAAGAGGGACUAUAUAAAGGGAACACAGCAUGAACCAGGUUCUGAGCUGUGCUUUAGCUCACAGAAUGCAAGUACUGAUGCAGAGGUACUAUGUAAAUAACUUACUGUUUUUGGUCAGAACGGUUCCUAUGAGGAACAUUUCCCACAUGAGUAGGCGGUUUCCAAAGCAAGGAGUCCCUGAGAUGACUGUUGAUGAUCUUUUACCGCUAUUCCUGAUAGGUUUCUUUUAUUUUCUAACCCAUCUUUGAGGAAAGGAGUAUCUUUUUCAUUUUUAACAACUUGAGAUAUAAUUUACAUAAAAUUGGCCUGUGUAAGUAUAUAGUUCAAUGAUUUUUAGUAUAUUUACAGAAUAGUGCAGCCAUUACUACAAUCUAAUUUUAGCAAAUUUCCAUCAGCCCAAAAAGAAACCUCAAUGCCAUUUUGCAAUCACCCUUCAUUCCCAUCUCCAGGCAACUACUAAUCUACUUUCCAUCUCUAUAGGUU